AUGAACGAGGACGAGGACGACGAGGACAUCGAAGACGUCGACGACGACGUCGAAGAAGAAGAGGAAGAAGAAGAGGACGAGGAGGAGGAAGAGGAAGACUCUGAGGAGGAGGAAGAAGAAGAUUCGGAGGAAGAAGAAGAAGAAGAAGAUUCCGACGACGACUUGAACGACGAUUUGAACGACGGCACGCGAGGAAGAAGAAGGAGACGAGGAGGCCACGGAAUAAACGUUCCAGGAACGGAACGGCGACAUCGACAUCCCGCAGAAGACGAGGAGGACGAGGACGAGGAUGAGGGUGAGGUGGACGACGAGGAGGAAGACGACGAGACUGUUGGGAACAACAACAACAGAAGAGGUGGUGGUGGCGCGAAUAACGAAGCGAACGGUACUCGAGAAGAAGACGGCGCGAACGACGUGCGAACGAACGAGGACCAACAACCUGCUGGCCGAGACGAUACGAACGACGACGAAGCGCGGCAGCAACAGCAGCAGCAGCAACAACAACAGCAACAACAACAGCAACAACAACACGACGCGACGAACAAUCAAGAAGGCGACGAAAGAGCGGAUACGUUCCACGAUAAAGCGUACGCGGCGAAACGGAACGUGCGAGAGAUUGGCGACGAAGCGGUGUGGUCGGUGACGUCUUCGAAACCAGGCAAUGGCGUCGAGUUGUUGCGGGACGGGAAUUUGAAGACGUAUUGGCAAUCGGACGGCGCGCAGCCGCACUUUAUUAAUUGUCAGUUUCAAAAGAAAACGAACGUGUGCGAGGUGUCGAUAUAUACGAAUUAUAAGCAAGACGAGAGUUACACGCCGAGUAAGAUUGUCAUUCGAGCCGGGAAUAGCUACCGAGAUUUGAAAGACGUCGCGACGAAAACGUUGAACGAACCGCACGGUUGGCAACGCGUCCGAACGACCAGGUUAGAUAAAGAGAAAUUGAAAGAAAUACACGCGCAGUACGGAUCGAAGAAACAUUUGAAGAACAGUGGUUUAGAAUAUCUAGAAAAAGAGUCCUGCGAAGCUCCGAUCAGAGCGUUCUUCAUUCAAAUAUGCAUCGUUCAAAACCACCAAAACGGUCGCGAUACGCACGUGAGGCAGGUGCACGUGUACUCCCCAGCGGCGACGCCGGCUAGCGACGGGCCGAGAGCGCGGUUUCAGAGCAGCGAAUACGCCAGGUACGCCGUAGUCAGAUGA